GUCCAACUCAGGACAUCAAAAAGUAGUAAACAAGGUUUCAAGAUGCUCGUCGCUUCUCAGGUUGGAGAUUCAGUACCGAAGGGAGGAGUGGAUUACACAGGCACAGAGAUGUCCUGGAGAAAAUUGUUUUGGGGGAUACUUUUAAUGUCAUUAUACCCUGCUCAGGAACAAGCUGUGUAGUUUACUACAAACUAGUCAAUGGAUGCUGGUGCUUCUGACAUCAUAAUGAGCUCCUUGGCAAUAGCUGAAGCAUAAACACAGAAGCCACUGCUUUGUGAACUCACACUGACCUAUGUUGACCAAGCAAAAGUGUUACCUGGUUACUCUCUCUGCAUCUGAGAUUUGAGGAAUCCAGAGUCCUGAUCUUAAACUCUGAGCCUGAGCCCAGGGUACUGAGGACUCCACAGAAGGAAUAACGGGACGGCAACCAACUCCUGAGAUUUGACAAAAGCAGGGGCAGAGGACUUGGCAGAGAAGAGAGAUGGGAGAUUGGAAAGCCUACAUCAAUACAGUCCUGAAGGACAAGAACAUUGAAGAUGUAGCUAUUGUGGGACAUUCAGACAAUAAAUGUGUCUGGGCAUCUAAGCCAGGAGGCCUGCUGGCAGCCAUCUCUCCUCAGGAAGUGGGACUGAUCACUGGAAAGGACCGAAAGGGUUUCCUGCAGACUGGGAUCACCAUAGCUGGCAAGAAGUGCAGCGUGAUCCGUGACAACUUGCUAGUGGAGAAAGAUUCUGUGAUGGAUGCCAGAACCAAAGGUAAUGACAGCAAAUCUAUCUGUGUCGGGAAAACUUCAAAAGCUCUGCUCUUCCUCAUGGGCAAGAAGGGAGUCCACGGAGGUGCUCUUAAUAAGAAGAUGCAUGACUUGAUAGCAAACAUGAAAGGCGUCUAAAGUCAGACUUGUAGCGCAGUCACUUUUCUCCUGGCUCAAGGAUGUGGGGAAAGUAUUGUUGGUGUAAAAUAAAGGGCAUUUAACCAGC